AUGUUCCGCGCACAGCAGAAUGCCUUCGAUGAUGUCGUCGCCAAGGCGACUGACGAGAAUCUUACUUCCGAAAACUGGGAGUAUAUUAUGGAUGUCUGCGACAAGGUGACGACCGAAGAGAGCGGGUCCAAGGAUGCCGUGGCAACUAUGAUCAAGAGACUGGCGCACAGAAAUGCCAACGUUCAAUUAUACACUUUGGAGCUUGCCAAUGCGCUCAGCCAAAACUGCGGUCCAAAGAUGCACCGAGAGCUUGCGUCACGAGCUUUCACAGACGCCCUUCUGCGACUAGCCAAUGAUCGAAAUACUCAUCAGCAAGUCAAAGCGAAGAUACUAGAGCGGAUGCAGGAAUGGGCAGAGAUGUUCAACGAUCCCGACCUUGGAAUCAUGAAAGACCAGUAUCACAGACUCAAGAGUCAGAACCCCAACCUACAUCCUCCUUCCGCCCCAUCGAAGAGCCGGCUUACCGAUGUCGAUCGGCAGAAGGAAGAGGAGGAACUGCAGAUGGCCCUAAAGCUAUCCAUCCAAGAUAAAGGCGCCCAGUCGCAGGCAAAGGCAUCCCAGCCAUCAGGCUCCUCCGCUGGACCUCAACCAGUUAUACAGCAACAACCCGUGCCUUCUGGUACAACUGCUGCAACUGUGUCCCGUGUGCGAGCGCUAUUCGAUUUCCACGCCACUGACCCGGAUGAGUUGACAUUCCGAAAAGGGGAUAUUAUUGCGGUUCUCGAGUCGGUGUACAAGGAUUGGUGGAAAGGCUUGUUACGAGGGCAAACUGGCAUUUUCCCUUUGAAUUAUGUUGAGAAAUUGGCCGACCCAACACCCGAGGAGCUGCAAAGAGAAGCCCAAAUGGAGGCCGAAGUGUUUGCAGAGAUUAAAAACGUCGAGAAGCUGCUCACCCUGCUGAGCACUUCAACCUCUGACCUGAACGUUCGAGAUAAUGAAGAGAUUACGACCCUCUAUCACUCUACCCUGGCUAUUCGGCCAAAGCUCAUCGAGCUCAUUGGGAAAUACUCCCAGAGAAAAGAUGACUUUACCCAACUCAACGAGAGAUUUAUUAAAUCUUGUCGUGACUAUGAGAAUCUGUUGGAUGCCUCUAUGACUCAAGCUCAACCGAGUUACCAGUAUGGACGUCCAGCGCAAGGCUAUGGUGGAGGUUAUCCGCCACAAGCCGCUCCACCUCAGCAAGAUCCCCAGAGAUAUUAUACUCCUAAUCCUCAAGAGCAACAAUAUCCUCAGCAACCUUCUUCUCCCCAAGGCUAUCCCCCACAGCCUCACCGCACGGGCCCAGCUCCAUUUUAUGUUGUUGGCCAAAAACAACAGCAACAGCAGCAACAGCAACCGCCCUCUGAGCCUCAUGGACACCAGAAAUACCCGCCACAUGAUUCGACGCCACGGAUUCCUUCAGGCUCAAAACCCGCCCCUCUCCAAACCACCUCCCCUCCGCCGGCCAGCCAAUACCCCCCUCAACAGCCUCAAACGGGCUACCCCCCUCAGAAUACCUAUUCCAACCCCCAGGAACUGGCCACUUCUGUUUACGACUCACCCAUAAACCAGCAAAAUCCUAACGCUCCUUAUAGUGCCUCUGUAUAUUCAUCUGAGGAUCCCUACUCCGCUGAGCCUACGGGAAACCAGCAACCCCCUCCAAGCCAACAGCAAUACAACGCUUACCCUGGGGUUCCCCAGCCAUCCCAACCUCCCGCUCAGCAACAACCAGGCUAUGAACCACCUCCGCCACCACCAGGUUCGGGCCACGUACCAGCACCUUUGAAUGUGAAUGCUCCUUAUCCAGUUAUUAGCGAGGGUCGUGACGCAAGACAGACAUUACCAAGUCAGGGUGCGCCUCCGGGGCAAUAUAAGGCGUACCAGAGACCAGGCUCAUCUGGAGGGGAGGCAGCCCCAUUGGCACCAAGUGCACCACCUGGGGGACCGGCGGACUUUUACAGACAAAGUACUGCAUAUUAG